UACAAGGAGUGUCAGGCCCCAAAUUUUGUGUCUUGACUUCGAUUUAAAGAAUAAUAUUAUGGUUUUAUUGACUGAUAACUUGAUGUACUUAUUUUCGAAUUUAAAAUAUUUUAUUAUGACUACCUAAACCAAUUAGACCCUCUAAAAUUUUUUUCUGCUUGUGUUAUAUAGACUGCUAUCUCAAUUUUCAUUUACUAUAAUGGCUGGUAAAAAAAAAGAGUUUGGUGUGGCUUUUUCCGGUGGUGGCAUUCGGUCAGCGGCCUUUUGUUCAGGAGUUCUGCGCAGGCUCAUUACAAAAAAGAAAGAGCCUGAUUUCUUGAGCUGCGUGUCAGGUGGUGGGUACACAGGCAGUGCUUAUGUCCAGUGGAAAUACCAUAAAGGAACCCAACCCGGCUGGACAGACGCGUUCUUUGACCAUAUGAGGGCACGCACAGGCCAUUUUUGCAAUUGGCAAGAUUGGUUUCAGGGUAUUGUUGAUUCUUGUGUUUUAGUCUCUUUACUACUGUUUGUCGCAAUAAUAUUUCCAAUUGUUGGCUGGGGCUCUUUUGCUUGUCCAAUUGCUUUCGUCGUGAACCUUUUGUAUGGUCAUUUUCUUGAUGGUAAACUGUGCAGAACAAAUGCUGGUGGCAUUGAUUGUCGAGAACGCACAUACCUUUUUUUUGUUUCAUUUGUUAUUUUUAUUGCAUUUCAUUUGCUUGAAUAUUGUUUUGAUGGUUCCAGGGAUAAUAAAAAUUAUUUGAAGAUGAAGGCGCCAAAAGUGGUCUUAAAAUUAGGUCAGUUCUUUUCUGGUGCUACUUUCGCUUUCACGUUCUUCCCGUGGUUUAUCAACGACUAUUUGCAAUACACAGAUCUUGUUAUAAGAAUUGCCAUUGUUGCCUUCACAGCCGUUUUCUGGUUUUUCGUUCCACUUUUGCGCAAAUAUUCCUCGCUAGUUAUUUUGAUCUAUGCUUACUCUUUUGUGGUCUACUGGCACGUUUACAAGGGGGAUUUGUUCACUGUAAAAUAUACAGAGAAAAGAUUCCGAAACGGUAUGAUUGGGUCUUUGGUCGUAUUAGGAGUGUUCUCGGUUCUUGGCGAUUUUCCACUUCGUUUGGUUCACAUAUAUAACAGGUUGGUAUUUGAUAAACAAGUGUUAGUUCGGUAUGACGUCACAUGCAGAAAUGAGUCCCAUUUUUCUCAUGUGAAGAAGCGUUGAAUUAAAAAUAGCAGGCCUAAGGUCUAGGCCCAUGCCAUCCAGUCGCUUGCUGAUUUGGUAUAUUUAUGAUGUCAUAUGUGCAGAGAGCUUAUAUAUUGUAUAGUCAUGAGGAUAAAUGAUUAAUCUCUAAAAAUGAGUAAUGCUCUCUCGAUUUUCCGGUUCUUCUUUUCAGAUGGAGACUGCAGAAAGCCUUCUAUACUGAUAAAGAAGAACAGUGUUGUUAUUGCUACGAUAUUUUCCCUGGAGGCCACUGUCCACAAGGGUGUUGCCUGUCUUGCAGGUGUCCGCCUCAGGACAACCCAGGCCACACCCACAACCAAACGAAUGGCAACAGAAGCCGAGCAUUGACGUUGGCAGACUUGAAAAAUGUAAAACCCCAGUAUAUAAGUAGUGUGGUAGUGAAUGGAUGGCACAGAGAAUACGAGCGAAAAUACUCUCUGCUCACUAUGAGCCCUCGAGGUUGGUAGAGUUUAAUGUCUUUAAGCAGUGUCUGAGAACAAACGCAAAUUAUAACAAGCGAGUUAUCAAACUGAUAUCACGAUGUGUUAUGUACGAGUCAAAUCCAACCGCGAUCAGCUCCCCCCCCCCGGGCAACCCCCAGGGCAUUUGACUUAACAUUACCCCCGUAUAGGCGGGAAUUUGACAGCCCGGUCGGGAAUUUGACGGCCCGGCCGGGCAUUUGACCACUUGACAACAACUUGCUCAGCAGUUUUCCCUAAAAAUAUGUGUACAUUCUAGCGCUUUACGAGUUUUCUAUUUUGCGUCUUUUCGAUAGUUUGAAAAUUGCUUCUGAAUCACAAAUAUGAAUCAUAGAUAUAUGAUACAAUAUGCCCGGCCUAUGUCUGGCCUAUUUUUCGUUCUUUUUAAUCUUGAAAUACUUGUUAAAUUUAAUUUUAGUCAAAAUUCCAGAAACAGGACUACCCCUAUAACAGGGCAUUUGACUGUGGUUUCUGCCUGUCCGGCCGGGCAUUUGACCAAUUAUAUUUUCAAAAGUCAAAUUCCCUGGGGGUUGCCCGGGGGGGCCUGAUCGCGGUUGGAUUUGACUCGUACAUUAACACUGCUUAUUCCCAGUUGUUGUGACAAGUCUGGAAUAAGUUGUUAUCACCUUGUUACAAGGUUGACAACAGUGACAGACUUGCAACAAGACUAAUACAGACAGUUCGCAACAAUUAAGUUGCUACGAGCUUGUUGUCACUAGCCCAGCGAGCAGGUUAGUUGUCAUCAACUUGUUAGAGGGUCCUGAAGGGGGGGUCCCAAUCCCAUUUCCCACCUGAAAUUUUGGCAAAAUCCCAGUCCCAGUUGAAUUUUUACUAGAAAUCCCAGUUCGAGUUAUUGAAAUCACAGUCAAUAAAAAACCCUUUAUUUAUCGGUAGAAUAAACAGUUUUGAGACUUUUUAAGCCACCGGGGGGAGGGUCGUGCUGAAGGCACGGAAAAUUUUUAAAUUUGAAUCCCGGAAAUGGCAUUUGCAGCAUUCUGAGACGCGCAUAAUCAUAAAACCAAGAAUUCCGGGCGCCAGAGUAUGCCUGUUCGCAGUUAGUGCUGUGAAUAAUAUAGUUAACAACAAAAAUCAUGACCAAAGACACCAAAAACAGAUCAAAAUUGUAUUUUAAAAUACUUAAAACGUGGAAAAAUUGGGAAUCGAUUCACAUUUCCUCAAUCCCAUUCCCAUUUUUGAGGACUUCAUUUCCCAUUCCCAGUGGCCAAAUCCCAGUCCCAGCAACCCAAAUCCCAUUUUCCCAGUCCAAAAAUAGGUCAAUCCCAAUUCCCAUUUUACCCCUUCAGGACCCUCUUGUUAACAACUUAUUACGUACAGACUUGUUACUCCUUGUUGAAACAGCUUGCUGUAAGUCUGUUGGCCUCAUUAACCUUGUUACAAGAUGAUAAUACAAGAUCCCAGCGGGCAAAAUGACGUUUAUGCAACGUUGAAUCAACGUUGGAAAUGACCUUCCAGACGUUGGAUGGACGUUGAAAAAGGGUUGACUAUGCAAAUUGGAUCGACGUUACUGUUUCGACGUUGAAAGAACGUUGAAAUUAGGUUGCCAAUCUCGUCAACCAUAAUUCAACGUUUAAUCCACGUUAGACAACGUUGAGAUUGGUUCACAAAUCGACGUCGUACAUUUAACCAUGAAUGAACGUUAAUUCAACGUCUGUUGGCUGCUGUUGAACCAAUGUUUGUAAAACAACGUCAGAGCAACGUAGAUAUUAGGUCGUCGACGUCGCAACCUUUUUUCUACCAAAUUUCAACGUUGAAACAACGUCGUGUGCCCGGUGGGAUGAUGAUUGUUCCUCAGAAACCAAACUCACUGUGCCCCUUGAAAAUGACACUCUUCAAGCCAGUGCUGCAAAAAUUUUUAAUGUUUUACCCCUAGAAAUUAGAAACUGUUGUGUUUUUAAUGAUUUUAAGCGAACUGCUAAAGCACACUAUUUUGAAGUGGCAAACGAAAGAUUAAAUAGGGAAUAAUUUAAUAAUUAAGAAUUAUUUGAAUUUGAAUUUUAGCCAGGGACGCCGGAAAGAUGUGAAGGCAAGGGGGGCAGAUUUUUGUGAAAGGGCACUUUUGAAUUGAUAUAUACUAAGAGAUGUUUGCAAAACAUCGGGAGUUGAACUUUGCUUAAUCAUGUUUUCUAUUUAUUGGAUGAUAGGAGUGUGAGGGGAUUCUCCGCCAGGCGAUUGUGCUAUUCUUGAAGCUCGAUGACCGCAUUUCUUGCAAAUUCGUAAAAGAAUUGCACUAACAUUUCUGACAAUUCGCUAUUUCUGAAAGGCAAUCCUUUAAAUUGAGAGGGCACCUUUGCCGCCCUUGCCCCUCCUGGUAAAGGGCAACGGGUGCGGCUGCCCCUCCUGUCCCCCAGUUCCGCGUCUCUGAAUUUUUAGCAUGUUAAUAACUUAUAGAACCUUUCUAUUUUAUAACAAGUGUAGUAUAGUAUUUUUUUUACAGAUGAAGAGCCACUCACGUGGAAAUACUGUAAUAAAAUCAUUAUUAUUGUUUUAGACUUGUCAACAAUUUGAAACAAGAAGCACAGUGCUUUAUCAGAUAUAAAACACUCGCGCUGCGCUUUCGUGUUUUAUAUCUGAUAAAGCAUUUCUGUUCGUGUUUUAAAUAUAGUAGUUAAUGUUGUAUACUCGGGUCUGAUAAUACAAAUGAUUCCUCCAGGUAUGUCUGUGAUAGUGAAGCAGCCAACAACUGUGGUACAGGUAGAAGACGACCAUGAUUUCGGAAACAAACUGAAACCGAGCGAUAUUAAACUAUCGUCAGCUAUGGCAAUGUCUGCCGCGGCUGUUUCGCCGUAUCUUGGAAAAAAUGAAGAAAGCGAAAGACAAUUAACACAUAUUUUGACCGUGUGUGGCAUAGAAAUGGCUGCAAAUAUUGUGUACGAUAUGGAGAGCGAAAGAAAUGAGCAUUGCUGUGGACAG